CCCUCACAUAUACGCUAGCGAGAUGAAGACUGGCUAUGUUCUCGCUUCACUUGCGGUCGCUUUCAGCAUGACAUCUGCCGCGCCUAUCGAGCAAGAAAUGGUCAAGCGAUGGAGUAGCGAGCCUCAGCAAUGCUUCACAAGGUGCUCGCCUGCACUCGGAUUCGGUCUCGGCUUUGGCGCUGCAGUGUCUGCCAAUGUCGCUGCUGGCGCGGGCGUGAUCGCCACACCUCUUGGCGCAGGGGCUGGCGCUGGCGUCAAUGCCGGCGUUGCUGUAUCUGCCGGUCUUGGCUUGUAGGUGCUAUGUGCCACUGCAUUGGACGCCAAAGCUGACAUUGCACGCAGCGAUACAUUCCAUCAGUGCUACACGAGCUGCUGCAAUGGGCAGCCGACUGCCACGCCCAAGCCGGUCGCAGCACCACAGCCAGAGCCUUGUUACGACUAGGAUCUGAAUUGAAGCCCAAGUGCGAGGGGAUGAUCGGCAGCAAAGUUUUGU